AUGAAAUUUAUAAGUUUAAUUUUUUUUAAUUUUUUAUCAUUUUUUAUAAAAUUAUCACUUACUGAUUAUACACAAUUAAUUAAUUCUGAUACACAUGUCAUAUUGGAAUCAUUAAAAUAUAAUUUACCAAAAAAUAUUACUACUUCUGAUGUUGACUGUAAUUUUACUAUACAUAAAGAAUCAUGUAAAAAUCCUUCUAUGACAGUUGAUGAUACUAUUUCAUGGCAUACAACUGUCUGCCUUAAAUGGAAAUGUAAUAAUCCAAAAUUAAUUAUUAAAGUUAAUAAAUGUUGGAUUGGAAGUCAAAAUAAUCCUAUUUUUAUAAUUGGUCAUGAUGGUUGUACUGUUGAAGGAAGUAUGAUGAAAUCACCUCACUAUAAUAUUAUGACAUUAAGAGAAGCUCAAAGUUAUGGAAGAUUAUCUGUACGGGUUUAUGGAAAAGAUUAUAUACAUCUUGGUUGUUCUAUAACAUUUUGUCAUAUAUGUGAUGAAACUUGUAUUAUCAGAAAUCAACCAAUAUGUGAAGAUCAUUUAAAUGAUAAAGAAUUUAAAUUGAAAUCAAAAAAAGCAUGGACAAUGUUACCAUUUGUUGUUGAUUAUUGUGAUCCUGUUAAAGAUGAACAUUAUCUUGAAUUUUUAACAUCUUCUGCUUCAAAACAUUUACAAUACACAAUUUAUUUAAUAAGCAUUAUAUACAUUAUAAAUAACAAAUAUUUUUAA